UCCAUCCACCGACCGGCUCUCCUCUGCUCCUCCAGCCGCUGAGGGGCCACUGUGAACGGGCAGGAGGACCAACCAACCCCCCCCCCCUCCCACCAGCACCUGGAAGAAAUGGCCUUUUAACACAAGGAGAGAAUAAACCAGAAGAGACAUGACUCCUUCCUCCUCCAUCCUCCUCCUCCUCCUCGCCUCCCUGAGCCGCUCCUCCUCUGAGCGGAGACUCGGUUGCCUGUUUGAGAGCGAACUGUGUUCACCGUAUGAGAUCUGUGUGAACGAUGGCAUGUUCGGGAAGUGUCACUCUGUUCCAGUGAAGGACGUUUACACCUACGAUGUCUCCACGUCUGUAGUGCAACGCUUCAGGAUGCUGCUGGAGAAGUUGUCCAACAGAGGUUUGACCUGGGAGGACGACGCCACCCAGCAGGUUCUGUCCAAGGAGUUAUCCAAACUGAGGAGGAUUCCCUACAGGCCGCAGCAGAGCGGACCUGUCUACAAAAGCAGCAGCAGGCCGGUAGCUGAGGCGAUGGACCCAGUGGACCAGAGAGUGAAGCCAGUGGAGGUGGAGCUCAACAGAAACCUGCAGUCGUACCUUCAGCGUCUCGGCCUCAUCCCCAAGACGUUGUCCUCUGCCAGCCUGAGCGUUCCCGGCAAGAGUGACCGUUUCCAGUCAGGCCUCCCAGCAGACCUCCAUCGUUCCAAGGCCCAGACUUCGACUCAAAACUCAUCUCCCUCCAGCUUCUACUCACUUUCAUCUCGCCAACCCCUGGAGAAGCAGAGACCUCUCGUCGACCAGCUCCUGGCCACGCAAUCGGAGGGUGACCUUCUCCUGGGAGCCCUGAGGCAGUAUCUCUCUGGGCGUCUGUCACUGCACGGGGGUGGGGUGAGCCCAGAGGAGCACGGGGCCCCCUCGUCUCGCCUGAGGCCCUCCUACAGCGGCGGAAUAGAAAAUCCUGGGCUCAGAAAAGAGACAUCGAACUCCAGGCUUCUGAAGAUGGGGAGAACUCAAGGGUCUUCAGCCAAGGACCCGCUCACGUCCGUGGACGAGCUUUGAAUGAUGAUUGAAGAAGCAGCAUGAGGAGAAGAGCAAGUCCGAGCACAAACGGGGAAC